AUGACUAGAAAGAAGGUCAAGCUUGCAUAUAUCACUAAUGAUUCUGCAAGGAAAGCAACCUUCAAGAAAAGGAAGAAAGGAUUAAUGAAGAAGGUAAGCGAGUUAAGCACCCUUUGUGGGAUUGAUGCUUGUGCGAUCAUUUAUAGCCCCUAUGAUUCUCUACCUGAGGUUUGGCCAUCUCCUUUGGGGGUCCAACGUGUGCUGGCUCAAUUCAAGAACAUGCCUGAGAUGGAUCAAAGCAAGAAAAUGGUGAAUCAAGACAGUUUCCUCAGGCAAAGGAUCGCCAAAGCCAAUGAGCAGCUCAAGAAACAGCGCAAGGACAACCGCGAGAAGGAGAUGACACAGAUCAUGUUCCAGGGCUUAAUUGGAAAGAGCCUAAACAGCUUGAACAUGAUGGACUUGAACGAUCUUGGAUGGUUGAUAGAUCAGAACUUGAGGGAUAUUCAUAAGAGGAUAGAGACACUCAACAAGCAAGCUAAUUCCCAAGCGGGAGUAGGAGCCGCAUCGUCAUCUGGGGCUGGAACAAGUGGAGAGGUGAAUAUUGCAACGGAGCAGGCAGAAAGACAAACAUUUGGGAUUGACAUGGAUGCUGUGCAUAGGCAACAAUGGCUGAUGGACUGGAUCAACCCACAUGAACCCAUGGCAUUUGGUGGGGAUGAGGUCAAUCUUCAUUUUGGGGAGAACAAUCAUAAUGCUCUUUGGUCUAGUGCCUUUUUCCCAUAAGGGAGACCCAAUUAGGGUUUACAUCUAAUGUCACAAGGGAUUUGCUUGGAACAUUUGAUGAUGUUUAACCAGUUGGGACACAUAAUAUUACUGCUUUCCCCUUCUGUUGUAGCUAGCUAAAUAAACCCUUGAUGACAGAAUCCACAUUUUAUGUUCAUGAUGUUCACAUAGUUUAUUUUAUAUUUUUG